AUGCCUACGGUGCCUUUCAAAGUCAAGGCCAUUUACGAAUACAAGUCGGAAGAGCCCGACGACCUCAGUUUCGACAAUGGGCAGAUAAUCACAGUCACAGAGGACGAGGACGCAGAUUGGUACACUGGGGAAUUUGUGAGCCCCAGUGGAGAGAAGCUCGAGGGCAUAUUCCCUAGGAAUUUCGUCGAAAAGUAUGAGCCGGCAAUUCCUUCACGACCAGUGCGUGCCCCGAGGCGCGCUGCUGCUCCAGAGCCAACAGUGAAUGUCCCUGAGCCUUCACCUUCUCAACCAGCGCCUCCGCCGGAAGACACUCCGGAAGCUGUGCAUGCGGAUGAGAAGGAACCUGCAACGGAGCCAUCGGAACAAGCUAGAUCAGAGCCUGAGGCCCCUAUGCCAGCUCCAAAGCCCCAGCCAGCUGCUGCCGCUGCGCCUGCCUCUGGACCGACUUCCACUCCUUCGACGAAGGCUCCCCCUCCAGUCGCGGAGAAACCAACUUCGAGUUCUUUCAAGGACAGGAUUGCUGCGUUCAACAGACCAGCUGCAGCUCCAGUGGCACCAUUCAAGCCGGGAGGAGGAGGCCCCAGCACUGGCUUUAUCAAGAAGCCGUUUGUCGCACCUCCACCCAGCAGGAACGCUUAUGUUCCACCACCACGAGAACCCCCGAUCUCAAAGCCCUACAAGCGCGAGGAAGACCCUAGUGUAAAUGAGCCCGAAUCCAGAGAGCCUAUCGAAGCAGCAGCGCCGUCCGAGCCCGACGCUGACGACCAACCCAAACCACAAAGUCUCAAAGAAAGGAUAGCCCUCCUGCAGAAACAGCAACUGGAACAAGCGGCCCGAAAUGCUGAAAAGAAGGAGAAGCCCAAGAAACCACCCAAGAAGAGAGUUGAGACUGCCGAGUCUGGUGAACAGGUUCCGCAACCCGCGCCGGGUCUUACAAGACUGGACUCGAACGAGACGGUGAGCCGGCCAUCGACUGAACUGGCUGAAAGCGAGCAUGAGCCUGCUGCUCCUUCGCGCCGCACGACAGGCCUGGGGACUCCGCAGCCUCAGCCAUCUCGAGAGCUCGUCAGCGAUACAAAUGAUGCUGACGAUUCCGGCGCCGCGGACGAAGACGAUAUGCAGGAGACCUCUACGGAGGAAGAGCGACCAAAGUCGAAAGGGACAGAUCUACCCAUCCCAGCAGCUGGACCGCAAAAGCCAGCGCCACAGGAACAAAAGGCUGAAGAUGAGGAAGAAGAGGAGGAGGAAUCAGAGGAAGAAGACCCGGACGUCCGCCGCAGAAGGGAACUGAGAGAAAGAAUGGCCAAGAUGAGUGGAGGAAUGGGCAUGAUGGGUAUGUUCGGUCCUCCGGGAGGCGCAGGACUGCCUGGUGCAGGCAGAAAACCAAAGAGCUCGGAAGGCUCCCGGCAGAUAACAGAAAGCUAUGCUCAAGAGCAACCUCAAGAACGAGCUGCUCCAGUUCCAAUCAUGGCGCUACCGGGCAUGGCCCAGACGCUACACAGACGUCAAGAAGAGCCAUCAGCUUCUCCGAUUGAGGACGACGACGAUACCGCACAGCCCACACCUCAAGCACCAGCCGUCCCUAGCGAAUCUGAUGAUUAUGUUUCCCCACAAACAUUGCAACGCCGCUCGACGGAUCGAACUGUCCCUCCCGUGCCUCAAGAUCGAGCUGCUCCUCCUCCGCCACCGCGUGAUACCAGAGCCGCACCCCCACCUCCACCUACUGGGCCAAGGGCAGCUCCGCCCGUUCCUCAAUCGCCUACCUCGCGAGCCGUCCCUCCACCACCGCCCUCAUUACCCGAAGCCGCUCCGGAGACGUCUGGCUACGAAGAAAGUGAGGAACCAGGGGAUGCCGAGGACGACGACCGUCAAGCUGCCGACAGUCUAGCUAGCCCUCCAGCUAUUCCACCGCUCCCGCCGACCAGACAACCCGAGCCUCCAAAGCUGGACACAGCUGAAGAGGCUAUCUAUCCUCCCAGCGAGAAAAGGGCGUCGCGAAUGCCUCCUCCGGUACCGAUUAGCCCAGCCUCGCCUGUUACAAGAGCUCCUCCGCCUCCUCCACCAGGCGCGCCUCCAAGUCGCCGUUCGACAACUGAUUCAGGAGCGUUCCGCAGUGUCCAUUCUCCCAAGCCCAAUUUGGAGGAUGAAGAGGAAGUCACCGAAUAUGAAGGAGAUUACGAUACUGAUAUCGCCUCUGACGCGAAGCACAAGGAUGCUUUGAAAGCACACAAUCGGGACUCGAGUCUGGAUGAAGGAAUGCUCACUGAUGAUGUCAAAUCACCAAAGAGCCCGCCUACUCGAAAUGCACCUCCUUUGCCGCCGGUCAGUAUACCUCAAGGUGUACCACCUCCGCCACCGUCUGUGCCAACCCCAAAGUCAAGGAAGUCUGUCGACGCUCCACUUGCAGCUCCUCCACCAGUACCUGCGCCCAAGACUCCUGAAAAUGAGGAGUAUGAUCCACAUAACUAUAAUUACUCUGCGCCCAUGCACGCCCCACCCAUACCCGUUGCCAGAGCACCCUAUUCCACAACGUUGCAGUCGCCCAAGGAGGAACUUGAAGAGGGAGACAUGUAUGGCGGAGAUGAGACAGCCUAUGCUCCACCACCUUCUACGGAGAGGCCGGCCCCUCCGCCGCCGCCACCGGAGCGACCUGAAUAUAUUCCACCCUCCAGCUUGGCUCCUCCACCUCCGACCGGUGGCUCGGCCGAACCGCCUGCUGACCUGAAAAGAUCCGGGACAUUUUCUCGUCGCUCAAUGGAGCAUUCGCGGGGCAGUGAGCAGGGCUUCAUCGCUUCUGACAUUGACCUUGGGAAAAAUUCGUUCUGGUGGACCCAGGACAACCUGCUGCCACCUUCAUUACAAGGCAGACCAGAUAUUCUAUAUGAAAUGGAUGCGAACUCCUCCACUAAGCGUGGGGGCAGAACAACGAUCUCCAAGGACGUCUACGUGCUUUACAUGGAUUACUCUCAAACGACCAUCAACGCCAGCUAUGAAUCGGCUGACCCCAUGCACGUCACACUCGAGCAGAAUCAUGAGCGACCGCCGCCAGCCCCUCGGCGAGACCAGCUCGAGACCGCCUCGGAACAGUACGGGAGACAGAUGGCAAGAGUCGCCAGUGGCCUUGCCGGGACCACUGUGGCCGAUGGCUCUGCACGAGGGUUUGUGCUCGAACUGCUGAAGCCUCACACGACAGCACUACUUCCCGUCGGCACACGAGCGUACGGUGCACUUGUGUACGCGAAUCUAGGAAAUGCCUCCACGCAGCAAUUCGACGAGAUCCGUCCGGGUGACAUUGUGACGUUCCGCAACGCCAAAUUCUCGGGCCACAAAGGUAGCUUGCACCAGAAAUACAGUCUCGACGUGGGCAAACCAGAACACGUCGCCGUGGUGAUCGACUGGGACGGGACGAAAAAGAAAAUCAGAGCAUGGGAGCAAGGAAGAGACUUGGAAAAGGGCAAAAAGCCAAAGGUGCGAGAGGAGAGCUUCAAGGUGGGUGAUCUGAAGAGUGGCGAAGUGAUGGUGUGGAGGGUCAUGCCGCGGACUUGGGUAGGGUGGGAUACUGUCAAGUCCUAG